UUAUCUGACGUUUACUAGGUCGUGAGGAGCUGAAGCUUAACGUGAAACUUGUUUCCCAUUCGAUUCAAAUUCAAAUUUCUCGUAGAUUGUGGCAAGUUGGGGUGAAUUUCAAAUUUGAAGGUGUUUAGCAUCCUUGAAGGAAAGUGAAGAAGUUUAGAAGUAUUCAAGUGGAAAAUAUCGAAUAUCCAAGUGCCGGUCUUUUGGUGUCCAACUGCGAUUAGUAUAAUAUUCGGAAUAAUUAAAAUAUUUUUCGGGUUUCCCUGUUCUAUCCAGUGAAUCGAUUAAUUUUACCAAUAUCCUUGCUCCCGGGCUGCUCACGACAAAAUAAUCGCUUUGAGCGUUUGAUAAAUUAUUCGCAGUUGUUGAUGACAGGCCGGAUUUUAUGACGACAUCAGCCACUAAUCGAAGAACACCGUAAGCAAAACGACAACAAACAUUAGGCAAAGGACAUUCACAAACUCUCAGGAUCUUAAUCAAGCAUCAAAAACAAACAAAAAUCAGAGUAACAGGCCAAGGACCAAAAAGCUCUUAAAAGUGCGUAAUCAAAAUAACGUAACAACGUGCUUAUCAUCGUUAUCGUCGUCUUUUCGAUCACAACAUCCUUGAACGAGAUAUUGACUGUCGUUUGUCGUCCAUCGGCUAUCCGUGAACUUUGCAGAAACGGUACGGCCUAUAUUCUCAAUUUGGUCGUCUGGUUCUUAUCGCACUCCCGGCCGUCACCGUCACCACUGACACGAUUUUGUGUCAGCGAAAAUUACCAAGAUAAACACGAAACCAACGGCUUCAAGACGUGGUCGGAAUUUCUUAAAAAUCUCCAAUCCUUAUGGAUAACAACUUGGUGUAGCUCGGAUUUACGUCAUCGUGCUUCGUCCCACGUAACAUCGGGUCUGCAGCACAAGCAGCAGUUGUCCUUCGACUCACAAAAGUUCAACGAAACACCAUUUAUGAAUGCCAGCGAUAUGGACGACAUGUUAUUCGAAUGUAAAAAGAAUGCUAUUUACGUGCUAAAUACAAAUUACGCUUAUGGGGAAUUCGGUCGCCUUAAUCUCUUCGGAGCACCCACCACCAUCAACAAUGUAUCCUGUGAAGCGAAGAACGGGAAAGUGGAGCAACGUUCAUCGCGAAACACACCAUCCAACUACUCGGGCGAUUGUCUCCACCGAAGUUCCUCCGCCACCCUAGUCAGUAGUAACCACACCACUGAAGUGCCGCAUCUAUCCGCCACGGAAAGGACUACGUCAACAGCGACGACGACAUCUACAAGAACUAUUCCGAAACUUUUUCACUACAGCCCCAACCAGCACAGCGAUCAUCUCUUGCAGAAUCACAUCCCCAACCCCCAUCAUAGCCUCCACGCCCUUCCUUAUGACUCGCAGCAGCAGCAACAAUUCCCUUCGUCAGGUGUGACAUCAUCCACAGUAGCGCCGGCGACGACUACAUCAUCGUCGUCCUUUUCAAAAAAAUCCUCGAACUUAAAAUCCACGAUAAUUGCCAAGAAGACAAAGUUCUGGAAAUACCUCGAGGAGGAAAAGUGGAAAAAAUCAACGAGCGUGGGAAAUCUAACGACUACUAACUGCGAGCGGAACAGUGAUGGAAGUCUGAUGAAGAACAAUGGCGGCAUGAUAAACAACAUGAGCAGCACCGCCAACAAUAGCAACAGCAGCUGUAAUAAUAAUAACAAUGGCAGACGUAACAGCAGAACUUCAGGUGAUAGCGGCAGUCAAAAGUCGAGCACGGAAUUGUAUAAGGAGGCUGCCGAGCUGCUCGGUCUUUCAUGUACGCUUUGUGAUAAUUGUCGUUGCUUAGAUUGUCAGAGUCGUUAUUUCGAAUGUGAUGAUUCAGAUAGCUAUUCGGAGCUAUCAUUUUUAGGCGAUUGUUUCGAUACGUUCGACAGCCAUUUACAAAAUACACGAAAUUGCCAACAAUAUAGCGUAUCGAACAAUACAGAAUGCCAGAGUAUACAAUCAGAUAAUUCUAGUAUAUGUAGCGCAAAUUCAAAUCAUUCGGAUUCACCGUGAGACCCGAGUUUAGAAGAUAGCGUUCCAGUUGCGGACUGAAUGGAUCCUAGGAUUAAAACUUCGAUUAGUCUUUAGUGAGGAAUAACGUUGAAUUGUUGGAGACACUGGUAUAUUAAAUGUUUCCUACCUAAAAUGGAACUCAUCAAGAAGCAACACACUUGCACAUUCUACAUACGAGUACAUACAUAUAUCGCUCAAUCGUUGUUCAUAAAAAUAUAUACUAUACUCGAAGUGUUACCCUUAAUCGUUAUGUAAAUAAUUUCACGUAUAAGAUAUUACUUUACAAUUUAAUAUUUCAUAUUUUAACAUCACAAUUGUAAAUAGCUAUUAUUGGAAAUAAGGAGAGAAACUAUUUGAAAAUUAUUACAAUAUUAAAGCCAGAGCAUAAUCGAUUGAAAUCUAUCAUAAGCAAAGCUAUGAUACUAUGUGUUAAUGUUAUUACGUAACUACUCAUUUAGACUCGGAAAAGAUAGAAUUUUCAAAAUAAGUGCAAUUAUGUUCUAUAGUUUCGUAAAUUUGCCAAACCCUGCAUUCUACUGAAGAUAGUGACUGACAAACGAAAUAGUUGAAAAGAUAUUCUCCACAUUGGGAUGAAACAAUUAGAAAAGAUACUGUUAUGCUGUAGCAAAUGAAAAUCAAAACGAAUUUAUCAAAGGCAUUCACAUUUUCCACAUAAACCGUCUUCGUGGUACUGAUCAAAUUUGUCGAUUUUCUGAACUUCCUGGAAUCAAACUUUCAAAUACUGUGCCAAAAGAAUAACGAUUUUUUUUGCAUGUGGAGUCGCCUAUCUGCGGCGAAAUUUCUCCACGAAUAUUAAGACAAAUAUCAAAUUUUGGAAACAACUAUUUUAACUUCUAAAUUUCAAAUUCGCGGUGCCAAAACCACUCAAUCAUUAAUAGUAAAUUGAAAAUCAAAUAAGGAAAUCCAUAAAUCAAAGAUAACUCCGCCGCAAAAUAAAAUCCAAUUGCAAUAUUUGUAGAAAUUUUUGAAAAUAUCCCGUUCGACAGAUUUCAUGUACAUACAGCGUAAUUUUGUUAAAUGGUUCUAGAUUAACUACUCCAAUAAAACUGAAAAUAUAACGUAGAAUUAUUCAUAAUAGCUCAGAAUACAUUGAAAAAUAGUUAGCUCACUUCACUAUGAGAAAACAUUUAUGAUAAAACUUUUAGUAACCAGGGUUAAUUUUAAGAAGUUGAGAGUUCGUUUCUUUUUUAUUGACGAAUUAAAUCUAUGCAAAUGUUAUAUGUUUAUUGUAAUGACUUACAUGAAUAAGCGAAAUA